AUGUUCAAAAGAUCAAAUGCUCAGGGACCCAGCCGUGUCAGUCGUGCGGAGCGAAAGAUUACAAUCUCCGAAAGCUACCUCAAGAAGCUCGAGGCAGACAGCAAACGACUACGUGCAGUUACUCAGAACCCAACACCCGAGAGCGAGCAGAGCUUCAACACCCCUUUCGACGAUAACGAGACCGAGGACGAACCCCCAUCGCUGUCUAAAGAGGAGAGCAAUCUUUUCAAUCCCCUAUUCGAUCGUCAACCAGAGAAGCCCGUUCAUGAGCGUUCAUCAGAGCCAGGCUUCAUCGGAGAAGCAUCAUGUGCUGCCUUUAGUAACCGACUCAUGUCGUGCCUAGACGACACCUACACACCGUCCUCAGCCGGCUUAUCCAACUACUAUCGUCUGAAUACACAUGGUCGAAUGCCUCCAGAAGAAGGCCCCGAGUUUCCUGAGCGGAUGCACGUCAAGCUCCUGUUGAACGUUGCUCGACGCUUCAUUGGCAAUUACCAUCCUCUAUUUCUAGAAGUCACGUUCAUGCGAGAGAUUGAUGCUGUAUAUCGACGGGAGCUGAUGCCCUCGACACUAUGGCUAUGCAAGUUCUACGCUCUGAUGGCUCUGGGGGAGAUCUACACACAUAGAAGAGGCGUCGGUGACAACAACAGAGUGCCCGGCACAGACUAUUAUGUGCGGGCAGUGAACUUGCUCCAAGAGAAUCAAGACGCCUAUGAGGAACCCUCUCUGAUGCAGGUCGAGGUUCUGACGUUAUUGGCAUGGGCGUCCAAUAUUCUCGGUCGAAUCAGAACUGCAUACUGCUAUAGUGGCAUCGCCAUGAGGCUUGCUCAGAGUCUAGGCAUGCAUCGGUCCGCUUCAAGACAUACAACUCUCACCCCGGUCGAACGAGAAAGCCGUCGGCGAACGUGGUGGGUGCUUUACUUCUUUGACCGAUUCUCGGCCUCGAAGCUUGGUCAACCCAUCACGGUCAGAGACGAGGAUAUCGACGUCGAGAUGCCAAGUAUGGACGGUCUGACAAGGGAAGAGAUGGCAGAAUUCUUGGACCCCCAGAACCUCAUUAUCAACAUCAAGCUCGCGCGAAUUAUCGGGAACAUCCUGACACAUAUCUACGGUAUACCGAAAGCUACGAACGGGCUCUAUAUCCAUCAGGUACAUGGCAUCUUGAAACAACUUCGAGCAUGGAACGACGAGCUGCCGCCUGAAAUGCGAAUCAAAGAACGAGGCACGCCUCGACCUGUCGCAAGUCUUCAUCUUGCCUACAACCAAUGCAUCAUCCAAACAACCCGCCCUGUCCUUUUACAUCUCUUCAAGAUGCAAUUCCAGUUGGGUUCCAAGGUGCGAGAGGAUGUGCCCCCACGCCAGAGCGUCUCUUCUAUUACCUUGGCUUUGGCAGAGAGCUGUGUGAAUGCGGCCCAAGCAUCAAGCCGAAUCGUCGAAGGCCUGUUCCUUGAUGGUUCAAUGGCUACUUUUGGGUACUGGGAUGCACAUCACAUCUUUUCAGCGGCCAUGAUUCUGAUCAUGUCGGCCGUUAUGAAGCCAACGGCUGUCAACUCGGAUCAUCUCGAAACCCUGCUGAGCGUGCUUCGGUCGCUCAAGACUGAUGGAAACAUUCCUGCUGUCGACUUUUGCGAGAGGUUAUCGCAAAUUCAGGCAGGAGUCUCGAACCUGAGAGCCACUGGUCGACUAGACCCCGUAUGCAUCGAGAAGCCUCCGGUUGCUGGUCAAGUGGAUGCAACGCCAAAUGCUACGAUGGAUGCAGGACAUCACUUGCAAGCGACCAUGAACAUGCCGAGCGGUGCAGGAGGAGAUUUGGGUAUCAUUAACUAUGCUAAUGUCGACGUUCUCGGCAAUCCUCUCCUUGGUAGUUUUCUAGAUGGGAAUCAAGUACAGUGGUUGGAUGCUCUGUUCUCAGAGAAUGGCACUUGGAAAGAGUUUGCCUCUGAGAUUGAGGAGCAGUUCCAGUUCGGCGCAUAA